AUGAUGGCAAAUGUGAGUAAUUUCGGACAGUUGGGGGACGAGGACUUUGAUUGUUAUAUCGAACGCUUUGAGCUUCAUUUGGUAGCGCACGGCUACGAGGUCCCACAGGCGACUGCACCGGGCGGCGCCCAGCAGACUCCGGCGGAGAGAGCGUUGGAGAGGAAGGUGGUGGCAGUGUUUCUGAAUGCGUUAGGAGCAGAUGUUUAUAAGAGAGCUAGGGAUUUGUUAGCCCCAGCUAAGCCGGCAGAUCAAUCGUACCAUGAGCUGAAAGCAGUAUUACGCAGACAUUAUAAGAAGACACCGAUUAUUGUAGCGGAAAGACGAAAGUUUAUCCGAAGGGAUCAGGCACAGGGAGAGUCUACGAAAGACUAUGUUGUGCAGCUGAAACAUUUGAGUCUGAAUUGUGAGUUUGCUGAUAAGCUCGAUGAACAGCUUCGUGAUAGGUUUAUCAGCGGAAUUAAGGAUGAAGGAACAGCCUUAAAGUUGAUGGAAAGGUCAUUCCAGGAUGCUGUGUCUUUUGCCCUGGAUCGUGAGGUCACGCUGGGAGAAGCGAAAGCUAUGAGAACGGGGUCAGAUGGUGUUUCUGUGCACGCAGUAGCUGAUCAGAGGAGGAGAGCAGGAUCAAUGUUUUCUGGUCAGGGCAAUCCCGGCCAGCGCCAGGGUUAUCCCGGCGCGCGUCAGGGCAAUCCCGGCGCAUCGCACCUGUCUAAGAGGUCUGGAACAGGAAGACAGCAGAACCAGCACAAGGACUUUGAGUGUUUUCGUUGCGGACAGCAAGGACAUUUGGCGAAAGGGUGCAGCUUCCGAGGACAGUGCAGAAAAUGUGGAAAGAAGGGGCAUAUUGCUAGAAAAUGCAGGAGCAAAGACUGUGAAAAGUAUAAAUUUGAUGUAAAGAAAGACAGAGACAGUAAUCAAAAGAGAGACGUUAAGAGAAGUAGUGUAAAGAAGGUUGGUGCAAAUGAAACACAAGAAGAGUAUGAUAGGUAUGAUGAUAGGCACACUGGCCAUAAUGAGGAUUAUGAUCGUACUACUAUGUUCAAGAAUGAGGUUCACUCAGUUGGUAAUUCAGAGGGUAAUGCCCCACCCCCAAUAAUAGUAGAGGUAGAGAUAGAGGGUCACAAGAUCGCUAUGGAGUUGGACACCGGUUCAGGUGUUAGUAUAAUUCCGUACAGCAUGUAUAUGCAGUAUUUUACUCAUAUUCCUCUAGAGUCUAGUGUAAAGGUGUUCGUGUCAAUAAGUCCAGGUGAGACUGUACCUCGAGGUAAGAUAGAGGUAGAAGUAAAAUAUGGGAGCUUCAGAGGUAGUUUGAUGUUGUACGUUGUAGACACCGAGUUUGUGUUAUUCGGCAGAGAUUGGUUGAGUUUUAUAAAGUUAGAUUGGGCUGCAAUAAUCUCCCAGUCUGGUAGAAGUACUAGUUCGCGAAGUACUGAGGCAGUUACGGCAGUGCAUAGCUUAGAUAAGAUUUUGGGCAAACAUGAUCGCUUGUUUGAGCAGCGGCUAGGCCGUCUGACAAAAGUCAAGGCGCAUAUCACAGUACGCGAAGAUGCACAGCCGGUCGUAACAAAACCGUUUCGGGUACCUUAUGCGAUGAAGGGAGCAGUGGAAAAAGAAUUGACGCGCUUGCAAGAAAAUGGCGUACUUACCCAGGUGGAGCACAGGCAUAGUGGCCGUGCCCAAGAAAGACGGUAG